GCUGGUUACCCUGAACUGUAGCCGGAGCGCGCGCCAAAAUCAAGCCGUCAGCAGCUCCACAUAGAAUUCAACAACGACUGUUGAAACUUUGGAUUCACUUAACGCUACCAACAAAACGCCUUCCCCAAGCCCGGAUACUUGAUCUCAAGAUGCGCCGCAACUUGAUAUCUUUCAAUUGGCGCCCUAGCCUCCGUGCUCGCGCUCCCCCGCGCAUCAACACCUCAUAUCCUCGCGCCGAAUCAACCCAAGCUUCCCGCAUCGACCGCAUCACAUCUAAGCUUCCUCGACGUUUACAAAGAUACACUAGCGGUUUACGCAACGCUCCAGUCUCGCACAUUGUUUCAUUCUUGAUCCUUCACGAAAUCACAGCAAUUGUGCCCGUGCUAGGACUAUUUGGCCUCUUUCAUUACACAAAUUAUGUGCCCGUGGAAUACGUAACGGGCCACUUUGGAAGCUAUGUCGAAGAUGGAGUUGGCCGCUUUGAGAGGUACUUCACACGCAAGGGGUGGUUUGGUUUUGGUCAGAACGAAGAAGGUGAGGCCCCAAAUGCAGCUACAACACAUCCGGACUCCAAAUCCGAAGACGCAGUGGAGCGCUGGCAUAGUGGAGAUGGGCGGUACAAAGUGGUAGUUGAAGUUGCUCUCGCGUACGCAAUCACUAAAGCUUUACUGCCGGUUCGUAUCAUCGGCAGUGUAUGGGCUACGCCAUGGUUUGCAGGGGUACUCAUGAGAGCCAAAGGAAUAUUCACAAGCAAGCCUUAGUCACUUUGAAAUCGAGCACGAAGGUUUUGAGAAGAUUUUCUGUCUUGAUUUUUGUUAUACCCACAGAGAUGAAGUCAUCCCACUUCCUUCUCGUAGACCCAGUUGAACUGGGCGGACUUCCAGGAGAGGACCUCACCCUCCUUGAACCAGAGAGCAAUCUCCUUCUGGGCGUUCUCGACGGAGUCGGAGCCGUGGCAGACGUUGCGGCCGACAUCGAUGGCGUAGUCACCACGGAUGGUACCGGGGGAAGAGGCAAGGGGGUUGGUGGCACCGAGGAUGGCUGAAUAUGCAAUUAGAAAAUGAUGAGCAAUAUUCAAACGAUUGGAAACUUACCACGGCCAGUCUUGACAGCAUCACGGCCCUCCCAGACCAUGGCGCAGAUGGGGCCAGAGGACAUGUCUACAUGAAGUUAGAUUUGGUUGUAUCAAUUGGAUUUGGGAGCCAUACACUCAAUCAGACCGGGGAAGAAAGGCUUGCCAGCGAGAUCGGCAUCUAUAACGAUGUUAGGGCGAAUUGAUAUAUCGAACGACUUUUGGGAAUGACGCACAGUGCUUCUCGAGGUGCUCCUUGCCGGGGCUGACGAGCUUGAUGGCAGCAAGCUUGAAGCUGUAAAAAGUUAAUAGCUAUAGCAACAACGACAUACAAAACUACUCACCCUCGGUUCUCGAAUCGAGAGAUAAUGGGACCAACG